UCGAUAUUCGAAUUGCAUGCAUUAACUGCAAGCUCCUCGAACACACAGCACAGCACAGCACAGCACAGCACCCAAGCCUAGUCCCAGCCAAAAACUCCGACUCCAGCAAGAUGAAGUUCACCAUUGCCUUCUCCGUCGCCUGCCUGUUGGCCACCGCUUUGGCUGCUCCUCCAGCCAGCCAGCAGGAGGCGCAGGUGCUGCGCUUCGACUCGGAUGUUCAGCCCGAGGGCUACAACUUCGCCGUGGAGACCAGCGAUGGCAAGAGGCACCAGGAGGAGGGAGAGCUGAAGGACGUGGGCACCGACCACGAGGCGCUUGUGGUGCGCGGCUCCUACUCCUAUGUUGGAGACGAUGGACAGACCUACGCCAUCACCUAUCUAGCCGAUAAGUACGGCUUCCAGCCAGAGGGCGCACAUCUGCCCCGUGCCGUUCAGUAAAUCCCUUUCGAUAUGGAAUCGCAUUUAGAUGGAAGUCUAAGUACCUUCCAGUCCAUCCAGCAUCAAUGUGUUAACUAUGUUUAAGUUUUCCUCUCAGAAACAUUAUAAUAAAAAAAGAUUCAUUUACGC